CCCAGCCAGCUGUGUUGUGAGGCAGCGCCCCGGCGAAAGGAGCGGCUGGCUCGCUCAUGAGUCAUGGACUUCCCCUGGCCCCUCCUCGACCACUCCCACUCCCUCUCAGGGCCCCCCCGUAGGGGCUAACGCGGGCGCGGCGACUCCGAGGGGGUGGGGCUGCUGGGAAUGGCUGUGCCCCCUUCAGCUCCAGUGCCGUGCUCGCCCUUUUACCUGCGGAGGCAGGCGCCUUGCCCGCAGUGCUCAUGGGGCAUGGAGGAGAAGGCGGCGGCCAGCGCCGGCUACUGGGAGCCACCAGGGCCCCCGAGGGCCGCCGUCCCGUGCUUCGGCGUCGCGGUGGAUCAGGAUGACAUCCUCCCCGGUGCCUUGCGCCUCAUCCGGGAGCUGCGGCCGCACUGGAAGCCCGAGCAAGUUAGGACCAAGCGCUUCAAGGAUGGCAUCACCAACAAGCUAGUGGCCUGCUAUGUGGAGGAGGACAUGCGGGACUGCGUCCUGGUCCGGGUGUACGGGGAGCGGACAGAGUUGCUGGUGGACCGGGAGAAUGAGGUCAGGAACUUCCAGCUGCUGCGAGCACACGGCUGCGCCCCCAAACUCUACUGCACCUUUCAGAACGGGCUGUGCUAUGAGUACAUGCAGGGUGUGGCCCUGGGACCGGAACACAUCAGAGAACCCCAGCUCUUCAGGUUAAUCGCCUUAGAAAUGGCAAAGAUUCACGCCAUCCAUGCCAAUGGCAGCCUGCCUAAGCCCACCCUCUGGCAUAAGAUGCACCGUUAUUUCACGCUGGUCAAGGAUGAGAUCACUCCCAGCCUUUCUGCAGAUGUCCCUAAGGUGGAGGUGCUGGAACAGGAGUUGUCCUGGCUGAAGGAACACCUGUCCCAACUGGAGUCCCCUGUGGUCUUCUGUCACAAUGAUCUGCUCUGCAAGAAUAUCAUCUAUGACAGCGCCAAAGGCCACGUGCGGUUCAUCGACUAUGAGUACGCGGGUUACAACUACCAGGCUUUCGACAUUGGCAACCAUUUCAACGAGUUCGCAGGUGUGAAUGAGGUUGACUACUGCCGGUAUCCAGCUCGGGAGACCCAGCUACAGUGGCUGCGCUAUUAUCUUGAGGCACAAAAGGGGACGCCUGCAACCCCCAGAGAGGUGGAGCGACUUUAUGCACAAGUCAACAAAUUUGCUCUGGCCUCCCAUUUCUUCUGGGCCCUCUGGGCACUCAUACAGAACCAGUACUCUACCAUCAGCUUCGACUUCCUCAGGUACGCAGUGAUCCGAUUCAACCAGUAUUUCAGAGUGAAGCCUCAGGUGCUGGCCUUGGAGAUGCCAAAGUGACCAGCCUCCUGCUGCCGGACCUGCUCCCAAGGGUACCCUCUUGCCUUGAGGAAGGGGGGCAACCAUGGUGAAGCGCCCUGCCCCCUCACUGUUGACGCCAAUGAAGACUUCAUUUUCCUGUUUGGAGGGGCUGAAACCCAGCGUUGGGGUGGGGGCGUUCCCCUUCACCCUGCCAGGCUUGGAGAGGAAGUGCCUGCAGAUAGCCGGGCCGGACUGUCACCGUGAAAGCACACCAUUGCCAGCCCGGGCCUGUGGAGCUCACGCUGCCUGUUUGUCCUUGACCCUUCUUAGUAGGGGAGGGGAAGGGCUCCUUUCUACCUCUGGUGUCCCAGCCUCCAGCUGAGGGGCAUCUGCCCCAGGUGAGAGGUGCUGAGCUCCAAGCCAGCAGAAGGCUAACGCUGCUUGUCUUCUUGGGAGCAGAACUCCCGGCCAGGCCUGCCAGCUCUGCCGGCAGCAGCCUCAUCUGAGCUGCUAACUUCUCCAAGCCAGAUGCAAUCCAGUCACCCCUUCCCCAGCUCCCCUUGUACUUGGGUUGUGCUUCUGCCAGGCAGGCCCCUUAGGAGGAGAGGAAAGGGCAGACCCUGAGCAGGUAUGGCCUUGGAUCCGGUGGGUGGCACCAGAGCGACCAGCAGUCUCCGCCUCUUUCCCCUCCAAGGAUCUGUCCAUCCCUAUCUUCUAUUCUGAACGUACCCGAGGUCUUCUCAUGUGGAAAUAAGCAGUGGAGGCAAGGGGCAUGGCCUUUACCAGCUCAAGCCUGUUACCAGCUCGGUCUCCCCCUCCCGGUCCUAGGGGGCCUGCUGUAGGGCCCCACCGUGAUUCACCUAUAAAUUACCAUGUUUUUCUGCAUUAAAAUGUUUGUUUCUGGAA